GAGUAUAGAGUGUAUUACAUAGACUAUACAUACAACGCGUUUAUAUAUAUACAUAGCAUAUAAGCAUUAGUUUAUAACCAGAGAGAGAGAGCACUGGUAUGCUGUUUGUGUUGUGAUGUUAGAGAGCACAGCCUAAAAAGCUAACUACACUGUGACACCACUACACUUCCAUACAUACAUACAUACAUACUAUGUAUUAUUAUUAUUAUUAUUAUAUUAUUAUACACACGACUCUCUGGCGUAACAUGUAAUGAGCAAAAUGGCGUCGGCUCGGGCCGCCCGCGAAAAGGCAUUACACGAAAUACGGAUCAGUUUACAGCCGUUUGCCGCCACCACCACAACCACCGCUGCCGCCGCCACCACCACAGCACCCGUACCCGACAUCAGCAUCAGCAACAAUAACAACAGCGGCAGCAAUGGACGUCCGCAUUCGUCGGCUAGCAGUACUACGUCGGACACAUCAUCAUCGCCGGGACAGACAAGUGGUAUCGGUUCAAGUGUCAGCUCAAACAAUGAUAAUAAAGAGUCGGCCAUAACCCUAUUGAAACGGGAACGACUACUACCCGAUCAGCCGCGUAUACUCAACAGCAACGGUCUGCCAGUUAAUAAUGAUCACGGCUAUCACACUACGGCCAGCAGCGUUGUCAUAGCGGCUCAUGGUCUGCCCAAUGGCCAUCACAACAACAACAGCCACCAUCACCCACACUCCCAUUCCCAUCAUCACCAGCAACAACAACAACUGCACAACGGUGUUGUCAUCCAUCAGCAGCAGCAGACGGCCUCAGCCGCCGUAAACAAUGUGCUCAACUCUGCUGCAGUCAAUCAAUCGCCACAUCACCAGCACUUUCAUCAUCACUCGCCUGUCAACCGAAGCCCGUCUUUAUCGUCGUCUAACGGUGUCGGCAGCGGCGGCGUAGGAGUGGGCUAUAUUGCCAACGAACCGCCGCCACCAUUACCUCCGCCGCGCGGCACUACUCUAGCGGCGGCUUCUAUGCCACUACAGCCACCAUCAUCAGUGCUAUCUGGCUGUUCGCUGACAGCGGCCGCCGCUUCGAGCGUUCAAAUACCGGUGCAAAAGACUACUUCGCAAACUAUUAGUAAUAUUAUUCAUAACAAUAAUAUUAAUGGCAGUGUAGUGAACUGUAAUGUUAACGGUGGUACUGCCGUACCACCUCAUCCACAGCUGCAGCAUCUUAUCAAACGUAUGUCAUCGUCUAACAGUGCCAGCAAUAGUAGCAUCAAUACGACAAUUGUCCACCACCAUCAUCACCACACAACCACCAAUGGGAUUGGUAUUAGUAAUGGUUUAGUGGGCAGUGUUGGUGGUAGUGUUAGUGGUAGCAGUAGUAGUAUACAUUUGACAAAUAGUAGGACCCAAGCAUAUAGUUAUGCCUCAUCGGCAUCCAGUUCCUCACCACAAAGAGGAACCAGUCCCAUAUCAUUCAUAAACGGACACUCGUCGACAAAUGGUAGUUCUGUAGCCGCGGCCGCUGCAGCAGUUGUGGCUGCGGCCAGAAAUAGUGGUGGCGGCGGUGUUAACUGUGCUACCAAUUUGGCUCAUCUAACCCAACAGCUCCAGAGUCUGGGACUAACUACCAGUUCGACCGUUGGACUAACGCCCCAACAGUUGCACAGUAGUCAGUAUCCCCAGAGUCCUGUCAGUUUCAAUUCAAUCUAUUCGGCUCCUCCAUCCUAUGCUGCUUCGUCCAGUUCGGGYCGCCAGUCGCCCACACCUACUAUCAGCAGCAGUUCCGAUUAUGCAUCGGUACCGCCCCGCGAACCUGUCGGACUUAACGGCCUGAACGGCUUGAACCUCAAUAUGCAACAGUUGCACAAAAAGUUGUCGCCGGUUUCAUCGACGACCAGUAUCUCAUCGCUCACACACACGUCGCAUACCUCGGCCUCUAGUUCGACCUCCAGUCUGGUCACUCGUCCGGCACUGCAGGCCUGGACUGCCAGACAAGCCAUAUCUCAAUCGCCAGUGAUUAUGCAAUCUGUGAAGAGUACUCACGUUCAUAAGCCCGUACUGCAGACGGCUGUAGCGCCGACAAUAUCGCCGAUAAUAUCGUCGGCACCGAAAUCAAUGCGUUCGGAAUCAUCGAUAGUACCGCCACCCGUUCCUCCGCCAUCUUAUCUGAACUCAUCAGCUGUUCCGCUGCCCGGAUCCGUGACUAACAAUCACUUAAAUCUGACGCCCGAACAACAACAACAGUUAGCCACUGCUGGCCACCACUCGCCUUACAUAAACUGUUCAGUGCAGAAGUCAUCGUCAACGACGACAAGUAGUAGUCGGACACAACAAAUACAUACCGAUACGGACUGUUAUCCGGCAAACCCGCCGCCGUCCUAUGCGACGGCUAUGCAACAGCAGCAACAAAAGCUACUGUUACUCAACACCAACAAUAGCGCAACAGCUGCYGUCAUUGCUGACCAAUCGGCGGCCGGCACUGUUGUCAUCCAUCAGCAGCAAAGUCCACUACCACUAAGUCAUCCGCCACCCCCUCCACCACCGCCGCCCUACAAGGACGUGGCCGCCACCAAACAACAACAACAGCAAAGUGAUACUCAAUACGUGACUGUUUCUGUGUCGCCGUUUACCAGCGAGUUUGUUAAUGGUGCCAAUCAGAUGCAUAUACCGACCACUGAGCCGCCCAGUUACGCGUCAUCGGUAGCUGCAUUGGCCGCCCAGCGAGCCGUUAUUAAUAGUACCCAACAGUUGAGCAGCAGUUCGUACAAUACACGGACAACACCGACAAUACAGAUGCCUACACGACCGCCACCAAUGCCGCCGAACUCUGAUCGCAGCGAUUUGGUCAAUACUGUCGAAAGUAUWUGCAACUCGCAAGUCAGUGCCCUACCAUCGGGUGCCCGUUUACGGCAACUGGAGGCUUGUCCGCCGCUGCCGCCCAAACCAAAUCAAUUGACGACCACCAGUGAUGUGACCAGUAUUGCCAGCAGCAACAACACUGAUUUUGAUUCGGACACUGCCAGUGUGUCCACUACGUCGACAUGUGAUAAGAAAUCUGCGUCACAGCAACACAAGACGACUCAUCAGUCGCCAAUACCGCCCCGUAAAUCCCUGUCCUACGAGAAGGAAAAGGAAAGGCGCGAAUCUAAAGUAAAAAUCUAUUCGCCGGCCGCCUUCAAGUUCUUUAUGGAACAGCAUAUCGAAAAUGUGAUCAAAUGUCAUCUGCAACGGGAAACCCGACGGUUACAGUUGGAACAAGAGAUGGCCAAAGCCGGUCUGAGCGACGAAGACCAGAAUCAGAUGCGACAAAUGUUAUACCAGAAAGAGUCCAACUAUUUGCGUCUAAAACGUGCCAAAAUGGACCGAUCGUUGUUUACUAAGAUCAAGAAUAUCGGUGUCGGUGCCUUUGGUGAGGUAGCGUUGGUCAGGAAAAACGAUGCCAACCAGUUGUACGCCAUGAAGACAUUGAGAAAGUCKGAUGUACUCAAGAGGAAUCAAGUGGCGCACGUGAAAGCCGAACGAGAUAUAUUGGCCGAAGCCGACAACGAAUGGGUGGUUAAGUUGUAUUUUUCCUUCCAAGACGAAGACUGUCUGUAUUUUGUGAUGGAGUACAUACCCGGUGGUGAUCUCAUGUCGUUGCUCAUCAAAUUCGGUAUCUUCGAGGAGCCACUGGCCAGGUUCUACAUCUCGGAACUGGUGGCCGCUGUCGAAAGUGUCCACAAAAUGGGUUUUAUUCACCGCGACAUCAAACCCGACAACAUUCUGAUUGAUCGAGACGGACACAUCAAACUAACCGAUUUUGGUCUGUGCACCGGUUUUCGAUGGACACACGACUCGAAAUACUAUCAGCGCAACGAUCACGAUCGGCAAGAUUCGAUGGACAUCGACGAAUCGUGGUCAGUGGCCAACAAUUGUCACUGUCAUGUGCCGACCUCUGUCAAGCCACUGGAGCGGCGCAAACGUCGCGAACAUCAGCGCUGUUUAGCCCAUUCCCUAGUGGGUACACCCAAUUAUAUAGCACCGGAGGUACUGAUGCGAACGGGUUAUACCCAACUGUGCGAUUGGUGGAGUGUCGGUGUUAUACUCUACGAAAUGAUUGUCGGUAUACCGCCCUUCAAUGCCAACACACCCGAAGAGACCCAAAAUAAAGUCAUACAUUGGGAUAAAACGUUGCGAAUACCGAAAGACCGGAACUUUUCCCCGGCAUCGACCGAUUUGAUAGUAAAAUUAUGUUGCGGUCCUGAGGACCGACUCGGACGUAACGGUGCCGACGAAAUCAAGCGACACUCGUUUUUCGACGGUAUUGUCUUUGAUGGUGAUCUACGCAAACAGCCGGCACCGUACAUACCGGAGAUUAAACACGAAACAGAUACAUCAAAUUUCGAUGAAAUCGAUGACAAACUAUACUCUAAUGGUAUGACCAACGGUGGUGGUGGCGGCGGCGGUUGCCUAUCCCGUGACGACUAUAACUACAUCAAUCAGAUGAACGGCAACAACAACAGCUACGAUAAUAGCAAACAUCCUGAGCAUGCAUUCUUCGAGUUUACGUUUCGCCGAUUUUUCGACGCCGGCGGCCAGGCCUAUCCGAUAAAACUACGCGAUAGCAAUAAUAUGGUCAAUAAUAAUAGUAAUAAUAAUAACGGUGGUUCGGCCUCAGCCGGAACAGCCGCCACUGUCGCUACCGAUAAUGGACAGGGAAGUCCUGUUUAUGUAUGACUGACUAAAUAGUUAGGUAACAAAUUUUAUGAGUGUGUGUGUCUAUUAUUGUCUAAUG